CUCAGCCACUACAUCGGUGUGCGACUGAAUGAACUUGUCCUGAUGUCCAAUAUCUAGCCAUUAAGAUGUUAUUUAAAAUGGGGCUCACUGCAUAUUUGGAAUAAAAUCCACACCAGUAAAACACCAGCGCGUAAGACAAAAAUUCACAGCGACAUGUGAUUUUCUUAUCAUGUCUUAGCGGUGCUAACCUCUGAUUUUGUUAGCAUGUGUUGAACUUAUUCGGGCAGGACAAGACAAGGUAUGAUAAGUUUACAAUUAAGCUAACAUUAUGUCUAAUUACAACGCCUAUGAGAGUGCAGUGGAAGAAACAAAAGGUGCCGUAAAAGGCAACAGCAUUGGGAAGCGUUUAGGUAUAAUCGCGACUUGUGUAGUUGGAGGGUCACUGGUUGCCCUCUAUGCUGUGGCAGGACCAUUUGUUGCCCCAGCCCUAAGAAAAAUAUGCCUCCCAUAUGUUCCGGCGACUUCGGUCCAGGUUGAGAAUGUGCUGAAGGUGCUUCAGCACAGAUCAGGCUCACUUGUGGACAUCGGGAGUGGAGAUGGAAGAAUAGUGAUUGCAGCUGCCAAGAAGGGCUUUAGAGCUGUAGGAUUUGAGCUCAACCCAUGGCUGGUUUGGUAUUCACGUUACAGAGCCUGGAGGGAAGGGGUUCAUCACUCUACCUCAUUCUACAUAUCAGAUCUAUGGAAGGUUAGUUUUGCUCAAUAUUCCAAUGUUGUGAUUUUUGGAGUUCCACAGAUGAUGGAGCAGCUUGAACACAAGUUGGGGAAGGAACUGCAAAGCUCUGCCAGGGUGGUAGCCUGCCGCUUCCCUUUCCCUUCAUGGGUUCCUGAUGACACAACCGGCGAGGGGAUAGACUCUGUGUGGGUCUAUAAUGCAAAGACAUUUCAAUCCCAAGCACAGAUAAACAGGGCAACUGAAAAGUAAACUGCCCUGGGCUUACUUUUUCUUGGCAGAAAGUAUUUUGCUAUUAGUAUUUGUGUGUUUGUUUAGUCUAAUAAAUGUCUAAUAAAAAUA